AGAACUGAACCUUAUCUACAAUCUAUUAUAACUGAUUCUGGAAAGUCUCUGCACUUGGAAUGUCUUGAUUAUCUGCAGUAAAAUGAGGAUGAAGUUGAAGAUCAGGCCCAUUACUGCUAGCAUCCAUGCGUCCUGACCCACUGCAAAUUCGAAUAUAGUAACGAUACAGAGGAUUAUUUCAAUUAUGGUCAGGACUAAUGUGAAAUUGGCAAUGUUGUUCAAUGGCUUCACGAAGAAGUAAUGGUCUGAGAAACUUGCACUUGUAGAAAGCGUUCCAAAGACUCUUGAGUAAAUUAUACGUACGAAAUUCACUCCCACUAUGAAGCUUGUGGAGAUUAUUAGCAGGUAUGAGAUCUUGAAUUUUCUGUACUGGUUCCUGAAGUGAGGAGAAUGGAUGAAUAUAGGCUCGAGGAAUAAGUUGUAGAAGAAUACACCUAAAACCCCUGUGGUAACUAUGUCCAUGAAGCACACAGCAAAUGAGAAUAUUUUGGCAGCUGCCCAAAGAUUAGCCAUUAAAAAGACUCUGUCAAUAAAUUCGAUGAAUGUAAGAUAGGCAUAUAAUUCUUCAAUUGGUUUAGAUGUUCUUCCUUUGAUUAAUGAGACUAUCAAAGAUGCUAUAAUCACAAUAACUGCAGCAAAUCAGAUAAUCAAAAGAAUAAUUAUAACAGGGGAUAAAAUAUCAAAAGCGCUCCUUGUGCAGGUGUUCGUAUCAGGAUCUUCAGUGUAUGGUCUUCUACAGUUUAGCACUCAUUCUCCAGAGGUUAGAUAUAAUUGUCUUCCUCCUUCUGUUUUAUUACAAGUAAUACAUCCACUGGGUAGAUUUGAACUGCAAGUCUUACAAACUCUAUUACAUGCAGGUCAUGUUCCUGUAGUUGGAUCAUAAUAUCCUCCAGAUGAGCAAGAGCUAAGGCAUUUGAAGGUAGCCCAAUCAAGCAAAUUUGAAUCAAAGAAGUCCCAGCAUGAAAAUCAUUUAUCGGCAGCAAGCUCGCAAGACUUGCAUCUACUUGAACAUGGCAAACAAGAUUUAGCUUCAGUGUCUACAUACAUAGAGUCUCCACAGCAUCCUUGAUCACUACAAACACAUUGACCAUUAGUUGGAUUUACAAUAGGGGUGUUUCCUGAAGGACAAGUCAAGCACCAAUUAAGAUCUUUAGAACAAGUUUGUCAGUUUGAGUUACAAUUUCCAUUAGAUGGGGUACUUUCACAUUGAUUGUCAGAAUUGACUUGAGUAUUCUUGCUGCAUGAUGUACCUCAGGAGCCGUCUUCAAAGUAAAAGUCUGUAUUACAAGUCACACAAUCAUUGCUAUUAGGACCAGUGCAGGUUGCUCAACUAUGAUGACAUUUAUAACAAGUCUUAUCUUGAAGGUAAUAUCCAUUACUACAAGCUGAAACACAAGUAUCAUCCUGUAAGAAGGGAAUGUCAGAAGGACUUUUGCAUGAAUCACAAGAAGUAGCUGUUCCAGAGCAUGUUAAACAAUUCGAGUCACAAGUUGAGACAGGAUCAACAAUUGUAACAGGUGUAUCAACGUCUUUUCCAGCAAUAGGGUUAUCACUUGGAGAGAAUAUUUGAAUUUUAAAUGUCCCUGUAUCUCCUGUUGUUGAUGGGUUUUUGAAUAAUCCUAUCUUUACACCGAAUUGACCUGUAUUAGUAGCUGAAGGGAAUAGCCCAGUUACCUUUACAGUAACAGCUCCUCCACUUGAGCCGAUGCUGCAAGCAAUUGUAACAGUAGAUGCGAAGAUAUUGGAACAAGUAUCAAAUGCAGCAGCUCCUCCUGAAUUUGCAGUAGAAACAGUUAUUGAAGUUGGAGCAGUGAUAACUACAUAAGAGUUUUGAGGAAUUGUGGUAUCAGCAGUGAAAAUGACAUCAUAAUUUGUAUCUGCAUUUGCUGAAGGGUUCUCUGGAUCAAUAAUGACAUUAGAAACUGGAGCGAUUUCUAAAGCAGAAAAUAGAUUUUCAACUGUAGCAGUAGUUCCUUGGUCAAUAAGAUAACCAGCAGAAGUAUAAGACGCCAUUGUUAUACCAGUUGUAACUGUUGUUUGUGAAGGAGGAUUUUUAACCCAUUCAACUUUAAUAUUAAGCAAAGAGUCUACUGCACAUCCAGAGGCAGAGCAGACUGAGUUAAAUCUAAGAGUGUUUAUCGCACCACUAGAAUAUAGUGCCUUUACAGUAGCAAUACUCGCUGAAUUAUUGGUGAGUAAAGUAACAGUUAAAUCUUCUCCCAUGUCAUAAACAACAUCAUCUGGAAUGGUCAUCAACAAGUAUCCAUCUGAGCUUAGUGUGUUUGACGAGAAUUUAAGAUAAAUUGUUAAAUCAAUUUUUACAUCAACUGUGUCACUUGUUCUUGUAAUUUCAGGUGCAAUAUAGCUUAAUGCAUCAGGAAGAAGAGUGGGAGUUGCAGAGAUGGAUGAGCUGAUGCCAUCAAUAAAGUAUACUCCUCCUGAAAGACCACUUUUUAUUGUAAAAGAAUCAGAUGCAGUGAGAGGAUCUUUAAUCCAUCCAAUAUUUUUCAUAAAUGAGCUCUUUAAUCAAAUAUUAAUAGUCGAUCCUCCUGUGCAAGCUCUUCCAGAUGCAGUAGUUCAAUAAUCAUGUAUUUGAACAGUCCUUGUGUCAGAAUUCGCUGUGCAAGUAACAGUAGCUCCUGUGGAUCAAUCAGUAGCACUACAUGAUAAAAUUGUGGCUGUUGUGUCUAUUAUAGCAUCACUCUCAGUAGGCAUAAUGAAUGUAAAUACUCCAUUUGAGGGGACAUCAUUUGCAACUUUGAAUGAGAAUAAGAAAUUUGUAUUUCUUCCAACUUUUAGUCCAUCAUUGUCUGAGUUUAGAGCAUCUCUUGUCACUGUAGCAUCUGUGAUAGAUCCGAGGCCAGAUACAGAAUAAGUGAAUCCGCUUGUGACUCCAUCAAUGCUAUAAUAUGUUCCUGAGACUUGCUCUUGAGAAUAUAUCACAAAGGAAUUAGUUGGCUGAGUAUUUGAAGGAUUUGUGAUACUUGCAAAUGUGACUGUUAUUUCUUGCCCAGCAACACUUGAUGUUUGAGAAUGAGUUGCAAUAACAGACUUCCCAGCAACAGAUCAUGCCAUUGAGUUAGAUCCUAUUGUAGCAGUGCAUCCUGUUGAGGUAACAGUAAGAUCACUUGGAAUUGUCAAGGAGAUUUGUCCAUUACUUGCUUUGUUUGGGAAAGUGUAUACAGUGGUAAACUUCACAAUCAAGCUACAAGUUGCUUUAAUAGUAUCACACCCUGAGUUAUCAAAAGCAGUGUUGAUGAAAGGAUUUGGAGCAAUUGUAAUAGUGUUUGAAGUAGACCCAUAUCCAAUAUCACUACUUGAUGUUUUUGUAAUUACAUAGAAGCUUUCUCCAACAUUCUGGGUAUUCUCUCUAAUUUUAAUGUUGAAUUGGAAGAUCAUAGCUGUAGUUGAGAGACAUGCGCUUGCAUCUCAUGGGUUCGUGACAGAAAUAGUAGUAAUGUACCCUCCAGAUGUUGAAUAUGUGCAGGUCAAAACACUUGCUGAAGGAGUGAUUUGAGAGCAAGAUUGAGUGGUUGGUAAAGAGGCAAAUCCUGUUGGGAAUCCGAAUUCAAUUAUUGCUCCAGUAGGUAGACCUGAGCCUGGGAGGAAUCCAUAGCUAAUCACUGUUUCAGCAUAUACUACUGCUGAAGUUACUUCCAAUGCAUUUACAGUCACAGCUACUCCUUCAAGAUCUGGAGUUGGCUUUAAACCGCUAUACAUUCCAUCAAUUGGAUAUGAAAGAGCAGUUGCUGUGAGAACUUCCCAACUUGUUGUUGCAAUAUUUGCUGAGAGUCUGGAUGGAUUUGUCACUGAUUGAAUAUAGAAUGAAAUGGCGGUACCUCCAGCACAAUCAGCUCCUCCUGCUGUACACCAUUCAUUAAUAGUGACAACAUAGUAGCUUCCUAUUGUUUGUGUAGAACAGGUUAGAGCAGUUGACAGAUCUCCAAGAAGACAAGCAGCAGGAACUCCAGAUAUUUGGUCUGUAGGCAUUCUUAAUAAGAUUUUUCCUCCAUCAGGGAACGGAUUCUUAGUCGUGAAAGAAACUGUUAAACCAACUGAUGCACUUAAAGCUGUAUCAUUCCUGGUUAUUGUGGCAGUAACUGGAGUUGGAAGAAUUUCAGUUACAUCUGAGUUUGGCUUGAUAUCUCUAUUUACUACUGCUCCAGUUGAAUCUGUAGUGUAUGAAACAAAAUUUCCAGUUAAUGGCUCAACAUAGUUUGGAUUUUUAAUUCCUCCAGCAAUCUUGAAUUGAUAAGAACCAAUUGCACAGGCAGUUGUACAAACAGAAGUAAGCUCAAGUUGAGUCAACCAAGUGUCAGUCCCAUCAUAAGUUGGGGAUACUCCAGCGACUGUUGUUCCAAAAUCGGUUCCAGUAGUGGCUGCUAUGGUUGAGGAUGAAUCUUUGUAAAUUCUCUUAUCUGGGAAAGUAAAAAUGACUUUUCCUCCAGCAGGAAUCUCUGAUGUAGUAUCAAAUGAAAACACAUAUUCAGUUGUACUUAGUGUGUAUCGCUGGUUUUGAUGAGUGAUCACAUGGUUAUUCAAUGCUCCGACUUCGAGAUCCGGAGAAGCGUUCAAGGGUGAGGGAGCUUUGAAUAUUGCAUUUGAUGAAGGUGAAAUGAAGUUGAUUAAGAAUGGGUCUGUAGUCACUGCAGAUACAGCUGGGUUUUUAGCAGAAGAUAUUAUUAUUCCAAAGGCUUGACCUGUUGCUCAAUUUCCUGAUGUGCAUUUCCACUCAUUUAUAGUGACAUAAUUGUAGGUCGAUGUAGCAGUCGGAGUCGCACUGCAAGUCAAAGCAGCAUUGUUAGAUGAAUCUACACAUGUAAAUGCUGAACCAUCGAGGGCAAUUUGAUUAAUUGGGAGUCCAAUCUGUAUUGUUGAUGCAUCAAGUAGAACUCCAGGUGUUGUGAAGGAUAGAGUGAAUGUAGAAGUAGCACCUUGAGAUGUUGCAGAUCUCACAACUGUUGCAGGAGAUAGCUCACCAGCUGUCAACGUAGUUACAGUGCUCAGAUCUAAAGUUCCUGUUCCAAUGCUUUCAGUAUCGGAUGCUUUUGUGGAAUAAGUAAGGGUUCCAGUAAAUGCUUUAGCUUCAAGAAUAUUUCUCACAUUAUGAAUUCUUAUAGUGUAUGUUGAAGUUGAGUCACAAGCACACAGUCCUUCAACUUUUAAAGCUGAUAAAUAUCCUGAUGUGAAAGUUGAGGUACAUGUGAUGGCUGUUGCAGUCCCACUAACAACUUUAGAGCAUGUCACAGAAGAAGUUGACUCUAGCAAGAAUUCUGCACUAAAUGCAAGCUGAACAAAGUCACUAGCCAGGACAGUGGAUCCAAGUACAGCUGAGAUAUCAACAUAGCCAUCUUUAGCAACCGUAGCACUUUCAAAGCUUACAGCAAUACUGUUGAUAGUAGCUUGUUCUAUUGAGGGAGUUGCAACAAUGUUUGCAGUAGAUUUAUCUAUUUGGUAAAGUUGGUCGGGAGUUCUUGACUCGUAUAUAACAUAGUUUGAAAAAGAAGAAACAACAGUCCUUGGAUUCUUGAAUCCUUGAGUAAUUGUGAUCUCCAUUGUUGUACCAUCAGCACAAAUAGCUGCUCCCCCAUUACAGAACUCUUGAUAUUCCAAGACUACAUGGGUAGAACUAGUAGAGACAACUGUCAUUGCAUUGACUGUGCUUGAUGAUGAUUGUUUGUAUUGAAUUGUGUCGGUUGUCCUAGCAAAUUGAUCUAGUGGUACCAUCACUCUAAUAUAAGAACUAGCUAAGAUUCUGUUUGUUAGAGUAACACUUGCAGUGAUUUCUGUGUUGGCAUCAGCUUGAGCUACAGAUCUUACAGCUGUUCCAGUGCAUGUGUUUGUUGUUAAAGUUUGUAAAGCAGUGGCACUAGUUUCAAUUACUAUAUCAAGGACAUCAUUAUUAUAGUAAGUGCUUGUUCCAUCGUAUCCUUGAGUAGCAGCAGUUAUUGUCCCAGUUGGAGCUUUAGUGCUGAAUGGAUUUUUAAACCCAGUAAAGGUAACAGUAUAAGCUCCGGCUGCUCAAGUAUUUGAGGUGCAUGCCAUUGGUACUCUUACAGUAGCAACUUCAUUUCCGUAUGAGACUGCAUUAUAAGUUGCUGCUCAACCAGUUGUAGCAUCUGCUCCAUUGAAGGUGCAUGCUAAUGAGGACCCUUGAUAAAGGAAUCCUGAUGGCACAGUGAAUGAGAAGAAGACUCCAUUAGCUUCAGUUAUACUGUUUGUGGUAAUAAACUGAACAGUAUAAGUUACUUCAGCUCCAACUACAUUUGAAUCUCUAGAAAUUGUCACUGAAGUCAGAGGUCCUGCCUGAAUACUUGGGGUUGCCAUUAAGGAAGAUGUAAUGCUAUCUAUGAUUAAAGAAGCGCUUGUAUCAACAUAUAUCUUAAAUGAGUUUGAAGGAGGGAAUGUACUUGUAGGAUUCUUCAGGCCAAUGGUUCUAAAUCUGAUAUUUUCACUUCCUGCAGCACAUGCGUUGCCUCCAAUUGAUCACCAUUCAGUAAAUAUAACAGUAAUAUAAGUUGCACUUGAGGUUACACUUGUUGGAGUAAGAGCACUUCCAAUUGUUCCGGUAGAUGAUACUUGGAAAAAGGUUAAAAGACUUGUGCUUGCUACAUCUAAUUGCACUUGAUCUAGAGGAUAUUCAACUUUAAUUGAUGAACCAGAAAGUAUAGGAUUUGCACUGGUAGUUUUGAUGUCUAGCUCAGUUGCUGUAUUAAUCAAAGAACUACUCAAUCGAGAUACAGACGCACUAGUUAAUGUCCCAUACACAUUUGGCUGUAUUCUAAUAUUUGUAAGAUCUUGAUCAAUGUCAUAAGUUGUAGAUGAUUCAGUUACAGUAGAUUUGAAA